CUUGUUAACAUGUAUAGAUACAUACAUUAUACAGAUACAGCCUAAACUUUAGAUACUCACUCUCCUUCCCUCUCUCUAUCUGUGUGAAAAGAUUCCAAUAGUUUAAAUAAAAACCCACCAAAUGCGCAGCAUUUUAAGACACCUCAAGCUCUUCAAUAAACUUAAAGUUGUCAACUUUCUUCAAAGACUUCAGAAAAGAAAACAAAGAAAAGAUUAAAAUCUUGAUGUGAAAAUGGUGGAAGGAUUAGUAAGACAUGGAAGAUCUUUAGCUGAAACACCAACAUGGGCUGUUGCUACUACUAUUACUUUUAUGGUUUUUGCUUGUUUACUAGUUCAGAGAUCAAUUUAUAGAUUUGGAAGAUGGUUAAAGAAGACAAGGAGAAAGGCUUUGUUGGCUUCUUUAGAGAAGAUCAAAGAAGAACUUAUGCUUCUUGGGCUCAUAUCUUUGUUACUGGGACAAUGGGCAAGGGUGAUUUCGCGGAUCUGUGUGGAUUCCUCACUUUUUAGCAGUAAAUUCUUCCUUUGCUCCAAAGAAGAUUUUGAGAUGGAUAAAAUAAUCAUUUUUUCAAGAUUCUCGUCUUUUUCAAACGAAUCUGAUAUACCAAAAGGGCUUCAUGCACAACCUCAUCAUCAGUGUGGUGAGGGACGCGAACCUUUUGUUUCCUAUGAAGGUCUUGAGCAGCUUCAUCGAUUCUUAUUUGUUCUUGGAAUAACCCAUGUUCUGUAUAGUUGUGUAUCUGUUGGUUUGUCCAUGAGCAAGAUAUACAGUUGGAGGAAAUGGGAAUAUCAAGCAAGCCAGUUGGCAGCCGAAAAUUUGCAAGUGAGGAAGAUGAAGGUGAUGAGGCGCCAAGUAACUUUCAUUAAGCAUCAUGCAAUUCAUCCGUGGAGCAGGAGUAGGAUUCUCAUAUGGAUGCUAUGCUUUCUACGACAAUUCAGAAGUCCAAUGGAGAAAUCAGACUACGUAGCUCUGCGGUUGGGAUUCAUCACCACUCAUAAGCUGCCGCUUUCUUAUAAUUUUCACAAUUAUAUGGUUCGAAGCAUGGAAGAUGAAUUUUAUGAAAUUGUUGGAAUCAGUUGGCCACUUUGGGCCUAUGCCAUAAUAUGCAUCUUUGUGAACAUUCAUGGUCUUAACAUAUAUUUCUGGAUUUCUUUUGUCCCUGCCAUUUUAGCAUUGUUGGUCGGGACAAAACUUCAACAUGUUGUCUCCUUGUUAGCACUUGAAAUAUUAGAGCCACGAGGGCCUACUGUUGGAGGAACUCAAGUCAAGCCACGUGACGAGCUUUUCUGGUUUGGUAAACCCGAAAUAUUGCUGCGCUUGAUACAGUUUAUCUCCUUUCAGAAUGCCUUUGAGAUGGCAACUUUCGUCUGGUCUGUGUGGGGAUUCAAACAACGAUCAUGUUUCAUGAAGAACCAUACAAUGAUAGUUAUUAGGCUGACGUGCGGGGUUCUUGUUCAGUUCUGGUGUAGCUAUAGCACAGUGCCUCUAAACGUCAUCGUAACACUGAUGGGUUCUCGGGUUAAGAAAGCUUUGAUUGCAGAAAGCGUUCGAGAUUCACUUCACAGCUGGUGCAAGAGAGUGAAAGAGAGAUCAAAAACAGUUCAAUCAGUAGCGACACGGUCAACAUGUUCUGUCGAGUCAGCCAUUGACGAGGGAGAUGAAGAAAUUACAGUUGCAUCAGGAACAUUAUCUCAAUCCUCUUCAACAGGGACACUUAAUCACCUGGAUGACAACCCGGACCCCAAUCCCCUUCCACAACAGGAGCUUUCAUUUCGGAUGUCAGAAUAUCUGUCGGAUACAAUGAGACACGUUCCCACAAAUGAAGACAACAUUGAAGAAGAAGUACAUGAUCAUAAUGAUGAUCAAGAUAAAGUUGAAACUCUUCAAGAUUUAUUUCAAAAGACAUAAAUGGAUGUUAUGAAACUUGAAGUUGUUCAACUAUAUCUACUAGCCAAUUAUGUUGUAAGUUUUUAAUUUGUAAGAAAUGAAUUAUUAGUACACAUUUAUGUAGAAAUAGGAGAAUAAGGUGGAUUUGGUAGCGUAUUAUCUUUGCUGAUAA